ACAUCUGCAGAGGAGCAAAGCAGUGAAUUAUCAUCUAACCUGCAGAGACGUACAGCCUGAGGUCUUCCUGGAGGGGGUUUCUGCACCAACAAUGGCUGAGCGUGAUGAUGCAGGUUCAACCAAAGGGGAACCAGCUACACUUGCUACAGACAUGUACCCUAGAAAAAUACUGGAGUACAUGGAAGGCUUUCUAAUCUCAAAGACUGUGUUCACCUCCUGUGAACUGGGUGUGUUUGAUGUGCUGCUGGCUGCAGAGCGUCCGCUGUCAGCGGAGGAGAUCAGUCAGGUGGUGGGAGCCAGUUUGGAUGGGAUGCAGCGGCUGCUGGCUGCCUGCACAGGCCUGCAGCUCCUCAAAACACACCAGGACCAAGGACAAGUUUUUUACAGCAACACAGAGCAAUCCAGAGUCUUCCUCACUCGUUCCAGUCCUUUGUCCCUCUACCAGUCCAUCCAGUACAGCUCCAGGACUAUCUACCUCUGCUGGCACUAUCUCACAGAUGCUGUUAGAGAGGGAAGAAAUCAGUAUGAAAAAGCUUUUGGAGUCAGCUCAAAGGACCUGUUUGAAGCUCUCUACAGGUCAGACGAGGAAAUGGUGAAAUUCAUGCACCUGAUGAAUUCCAUCUGGAACAUCUGUGGCAAAGACGUGGUCACGGCCUUCGAUCUUACGCCUUUUAAGGUCAUCUGUGACCUUGGAGGCUGCAGUGGAGCAUUAGCCAAGCAGUGCACGUUGGCCUACCCAGAAUGCUCUGUGACGCUCUUUGACCUCCCCAAGGUAGUACGCGUGUCGAGGGAACACUUUGUCUCAGAGGCUAACCAGAGGAUCAGCUUCCAGGAGGGGGACUUCUUCAAGGACUCUCUUCCUGUGGCAGAUCUUUAUUUUCUUGCCAGAAUCCUCCACGACUGGACAGACGAGCGCUGCAUAGAGCUUCUGUGCAGAAUCUAUAAAGCCUGCAAACCAGGUGGCGCCGUCCUGCUGGUGGAGUCGCUGCUAAAUGAAGAUGGGUCUGGCCCACUGACAGCACAGCUCUACUCCCUGAACAUGCUGGUGCAGACGGAGGGCAGAGAGAGGACGGGUGCUCAGUAUGCUGCCCUGCUGGCUGCCAGCGGCUUCACAAACAUCCAGCAACGCCUCACUGGAAAAAUCUAUGAUGCAGUUAUGGGUCACAAAGAAAAGAGCAAUAAAGAUAAAUAAUACCACCUUAUAAACAUUCAAAUUUCCCACAUUCCAUUGAAAUGCAUUCAAUUAGUCUGAUUGAAGUUAACAAUGAAUAAGUUUGCAGAGGUGUCUAACUUUUGCUUUUGUUGUAACAUAGAUCACCAUUUUUAUUUAGGUAAACCUAAAUGCAUUUAUGCAAAUUAAUUUGUUAGUCUAAAGCUGAAACAAAUGUUUGUUGGCAGAAAAGGAGAGCAUUUUUGAAUAAAUGGCCUAGAUUCUUUUGAGCUUACCAUAAUCAAAAUUUAAAUCAACUGAUGCCACAAUAUUUUUACAAAGCAUCACUAUUAAAGAAAGUGCCAUCUAAUGUGCAAAACCUGAGUUAGUAAAUAUGGAGCCACAGCAUCCAUCCAUCUACUGCGGGGCAACUCUCUUAUCCCUUCAGGGGGCCUCGUACCUAUAUUUAGCUCCCAUCAUAGGACAACAUAGAGACAUGAAGGACAAAUAAGCAUGCACUUACACCUAGGGACAGUUUGGAGACCAAUUAACCUUACAUUCAUGUUUUUAAAGGAGUAGGAGAAGGCCAGAGUACCCGGAAAGAUCUAACAUUAUUAGGGGAACAUGAAAACUCCAUGCAGAGAUUCGAACCAAGGACCUUCUUGGUGCUACCAACUGCAAUACUGUGCAACCUGACUCAUAGUUUGUGUAAUCAUCUAUUUAGUUCUAUGACUAAAUAAAAUUCAGGUUUUAAGCUGGUAAAAAAAAAAUCUGAAAAUUGUUAAAUUCAGAAAGAAAU